AUGUUGUCUGCAGUUAAUCUUAUAAUCAGCAUCCUCUUCCUAAUGUCAGAAGUAGAGGAGACUCUGAAUCGUAUUAAAACCCAUAAAGGCGUAUCAGGCAUUGUUAUACUGAACCAUGAGGGUGUACCAAUACGCUCUACCCUAGAACAGAAAUAUACCUUGCAAUAUUCUGCAUUGAUAAGUCAGCUGACGUAUAAGGCGAGAUCAGUUAUACGUGAUCUAGAUCCUCACAAUGAUCUAACCUUUUUAAGACUACGUUCAAGGAAACAUGAGAUUAUGGUGGCUCCUGAUAAGGAUUAUAUACUUAUUGUUAUCCAGGAUCCAAAUGCUGGUGAACAACAAGAACAUAAUACUGCUUGA